AAUGCAAGAAAUUGAAGCAAAGAAGUAAUUAAAAGCAAGUGAAGGUGCUCAUUUUUUUUAUACAUUGAUAUUCCUUUCAGCAUCUGGAAUUAUAGAGACUUAAUUUAUUGAACAGAAAUGCAAUCAGAAUUUGUAAUUGUUUGUUCACUUAGUAUUCUAUGGAUUAAUUAUCUGGGGUACUUAUAUAUUAAUUACAUUAAUACCACGGUAUGUAAUAUUUAAUAAAUUGAAUUAGAUAUAAAAAUGCAGCAAUAAACUUGUUUUUUAAUUUUCUUGAUAUUUGUUUUGGGAUAUAUAUAGGAUUGUUAUUAUUUUAUGGAGGACGUAUGUAUAUGGCAUCUAAUGAUUGUGAAUCUGAAGCUCCAGUUUUAUAUUUCUUUUUAGAGACAUUUUUAUUGGUACAAUUAAAUUUCAAAUAUUUAGGUUAACGGCAUCAUAUUUGCUAUAUUGUUUUUAGCAUUUGUGUCAUAUAUCUUAAAGAGAUUUUCAAAAUCAUAAUAAGUUUAUGAUGAAGGUAAAGAUGAAUUUUAUGAUGCAUGA